GGGCCAGCAGUCCGCAGACCUGCACGUCCGUGAACGCCGCCGACGGACGCGUUCAUGACUGGAAUCUCCCGACAUAAAAGUGGGGAAAGAGAAGUGCGUGGUCUCCCGUGCCGUAUCCUGUGCUCACUUUUCCCCAGCGGGGCUCGUCGCGGCCGGUGGUGGGACAGUGAUUGGACGUGACAAGCCCGCUUGCACUACUGUAUCUCCCUCCUCCUCCUCCUCCUCCCGUCCUCCUCCCGUCCUCCUCCCCCAGCUCCAACAACCAGGAAAUCGUCGAGGUGUGCUUCUUUAUCCCCCCUGGUCGCUACCCCGUUUACGGGUGUAGAUGUGCUGUUUUGUUUUUCCUUUUCCUCCAGUUUUUCGGGUUGUGUUGAAACAAGGAGGGACAUAAACUAAGUGAGACUUUUCCAAGCGGGGCGCUCACCCCUGAAGUCAGACCAAGUUGCCUUCGAGGACCCAACUCUGGCGGAACAAUGAGUGAGUCGAGUAUUUGCCAGGCCCGGGCCACUGUGAUGAUCUAUGAUGAUAGCAACAAGAAGUGGCUCCCGGCAGGUGCUGGAGCCCAAACUUUCAGCAGAGUCCAAAUCUAUCACAACCCCACCAACAAUGCCUUUAGGAUAGUGGGGCGCAAGAUGGUGACGGACCAGCAGGUGGUCAUAAACUGUCCAAUUGUAAGAGGUCUCAAGUACAACCAGGCCACGCCCAAUUUUCACCAGUGGCGAGAUGCCCGACAGGUGUGGGGACUCAACUUUGGCAGCAAAGAGGAUGCUGCUCUAUUUGCCAACGGCAUGAAUCACGCUCUGGAGGUCCUCAACUCCGUGGCAGAUGCGGGUUAUGCAACCCUCCCCCGCCCCGUUUCAAAUGGGCCUUCUCCGGAGGAGCUUGAACAGCAGCGGAGGCUGGAACAGCAGGACCGGGAGCGACAGGACAGAGAGAGACAAGAGCGAGAGCGUCAGGAAAGGGAGAGACUGGAGAGAGAGAGACAAGCCGCUGCAGUUAAUAUUCCUCCAGCUCCACCGAUGGCCCCUGCAGGUGCUGUUCCUCCUCCUCCGGCUCCUCCUCCUCCACCCCCCUGCCCUCCCCCGGCUGCUGCUGGCAUCCCCCCUCCUCCAGGACCUCCUCCCGGAGGACCGCCGCCGGCCCCGCCCCUGCCCACUGCAGGUGGAGGAGGAGGAGGAGGUGGAGGAGGAGGUGGCGCUGCCGCCGCCAGUGAUGGGGGAGGACUAGGGGGAGCUGGAGGCUUGGCAGCUGCCCUCGCAGGAGCUAAACUCCGUAAAGUGUCAAAGCAGGAGGAUGGAGCCCCUGCAGCCCCUCCAAUAGGCAGAGCUGACUCAAGCCGUGGCAGUAACUCAUCCAUCGGAGGAGGAGGAGGAGGAGGAGGAGGAGGGGGCGGUGGUUUGAUGGGAGAGAUGAGUGCCAUCUUGGCACGGAGGAGAAAAGCUGCAGAUACUGGAGAGAAGCCGCCUGUGAAACCACAAGAAAAUGAUGAGUCAGAGCCCCAAGGUCAAAGCGACACACUAAGAAGACCCUGGGAGAAAUCAUCCAUGAGCAGGAAUAACUCCAUCCCCAAGAACAUGGACUCCACUCCCUCAUUGCCCCAAGUAAUAAGGGCAAAGGGUGCUGCCAACAAUAACGAUGCAAGUGGAACUGAUGACUCGGAUUUAGAGAAAAUGAAACAGGAGAUCUUGGAGGAGGUGCGGAAAGAACUACAAAAAGUCAAAGAGGAAAUUAUUGGAGCCUUUAUCGUGGAGCUGCAGAAGAGAAGCACAUAGUUCUUCUGAGCGUCAGGUGUAACAAAGGGGUGUGAUAGAUGGAGGCGGCAGAGGCACGUUGGGAUCUCUCCUCCACUGCGCCCUCUCAUGUAGCCCAGGGAUUUCUCUUAUUCUCCUAAACCAUUUUCUCUCUUCUCUAUCUCUUACACCAACACGCGUGAGCAUUAUUGCUUAUUUGUACAACAAACAUAUUCACUUCAUGUAAAUGGUAACCCAGGGACCUCCUCACAUCAUAAUUCAGCACUCUGAAUGAUCAUUCAUUAACGUUGCAUCAGUGUACCAUCUCUCCCCAGUUCAAUCAUGGCGUCCCCUUGUGUCCUCUUUGAUCUGCCCAUCUGAAGAGAAAGCACACAGCUACAACUACAGUUACAGUCUGUCAUCAUAACCCUCUUUGCUGCAAAAAUCCCACUACUUGUGUCCUCUCCCUUCUGCUAUCAGGCACAUUGUUGGUGAUAGAGCAGUCUUCACUAUUCAGGGACUGUGUAUUAAAUAUAGUUUUACUGUAAUAGCAAGGUGCUGGGAUCCUUUUUUUUUUUUUUUUUUUUCUCUCUCUCUCUCUGUGGCAAAAAUUGUUCAGACAUCUGCUAGCAGGUUAUUGUGCAUCUGUUAAGUGGACUCCCAGCAAUGGCCAAGAACUGAAAUGGCACAACACAGGCCUUCACUGCUGCAACACAGACAUGCUGGAGGAAGAGGAGACGAGCAAAAGGGAAUCUGAUGGACAACCCGAGUGCUGUGAAAGAGGAUUGUGUUGUAGAUUUAUAAUGUGUGAGAACUUUAUUCUCUUUGCAUUGCACUUGUUCCAGAGGAAGUGUGUCUGUGUGCCACACUGCCUUGAUAGACUAUUCCCUCACUUCAUUAUGAGAUAUGUACUGGCCGGUGCAGUGGUCCUACUGUAUACUGUGCUUCCACCAUUGUUUUUUUUUUUUUUUUCUUUUUUUUUUCCCCCUCCUCCCCCUCUACCCCUUCUAGUUGUGUUUUCUAAUUUUGAAACAUGAAAAAUGGCCAUGAUGAGGUCAGUUAAUUUGGCCGUGACCAAUUGCCUUGAGAAUAAAUAUAAAUAUCUAUAUAUAAGGAAAUAUAUAUAUACAUAUAUAUUUGUUUCGAGGAAAAAUGUUAGCAAAAAUGAAAUUGUUUUCUAUUUUAAUUGAAAUGACUGGUGAGUGGGGUGGGUUCUUUUUUGUUUCAAUUGUUUUCUUAUAAAAAUGUUUUUUGGGUUUUCUUUUUUUCUAGUAGUCUAGGCUUUUUACACUGAAAUAUAAAGAAAACAGCUUAGAGACACUGGAUUAGAAAUGCCUUUAUAGUCGAAUACAGCUGCUUCUUAAAAUGCA